AUGAAAUCAGCCACAUGCAACUUCGAUGACAAUUUUGUCAUUGGGGCAGGAGGAUUUGGUAAUGUGUAUAAGGGCCACAUGGACAACAGUGCAACCACAGUUGUGAUCAAGCACUUGAACCCAUCAUCCAAUCAGGGGGUCCGCGAGUUCCAAACAGAGAUCGAGUUGCUAUCGAAGCUAAGACACCUCCAUCUCGUGUUGUUGAUCGGUUACUGUAAUGACAACCGCGAGAUGAUCUUGGUGUAUGAUUAUAUGGCCCACGGGACCCUCUGUGAUCAUCUUUACAAAUCAAAGAAACCACCUCUUCCGUGGAAGCAACGCCUUAAGAUUUGUAUUGGUACAACAAAGGGAUUGCAUUAUCUCAAUACAGGUCUCAUAGAUGCGGGCCAUAAUCACGUCAGCACAAUGGUGAAGGGUAGUUUUGGAUACUUUGAUCCAGAAUAUUAUAAACGACAACAAUUGACAGAGAAAUCGGACGUGUACUCAUUUGGGAUGGUUUUAUUUGAGGUUUUAUGUGCUAGGCCGGCUAUAAUUCUAGAUUUACCCGAGGAACAAGUGAAUUUGGUUAAGUGGGCUCGCCAUUGUUAUAAAAAUGGGACCCUUGAUCAGAUUGUUGAUCCUAAUAUAAGGGAGGAGAUUGCGCCAGAGUGCUUAAAGAAGUUUGGCGAAUUAGGUUAUAGUUACUUGCGUAAAAAUGGGUUCAAACGAUCAGGAAUAAAUAAUGUUUUGUGGGGCCUUGAGUUUGCUUUGCAACUUCAAGAGGAGGCUGAGAUGAGGGAUCAGUGUGGUGGUGGUGGAGGUGGGUUACUGCCGGCAGAGUUGGCCAGUCUCUCUAUUCCUCCUCUGCAUGGAGAAUCAACGACCAACGAUGAUGAGAACGUGUUAAGAUCAACGGCCAACAGUGACAAAUUAAAAAAUAGGACUCUGUUAUCAAAGAUCAUGAAUCCUACGGGUCGAUGA